AUGAUUGGAAGAUUGCUUCUCAGAAAAGGGGAAAAACCUAGGUUGGUUUCGGAUCUGAAGAAAGAACUACAGAUGUUAUGGCAGCCAAAGUCAGAUUGGAAGCUUAUCCCAAUGAGCAAAGGUUUCUAUACGAUAAAGUUCACCACUGCCGAGGAUAAAUUUAACGCUAAGCGCAAGAGCUCUUGGAAUCUUGUUUCGGGCACGCUCAGGCUUCGAGAUUGGAUUAUAUCGAGUAUUGGCAACUCGGUGGGUGUUCCUAUUAAAGUGGAUGGAGCUACGGCGGAUGGGGAUGUUGGACACUUUGCUAGGGUUCUUGUGGAGGUGGAUUUAGCUCUUCCUUUACCGGACUCAAUUCACGUCGACUGUCCGGAUCAGUCCUUCUAUGUGGAGGUUGGCUUUGAGCAACUGCCGUACUUUUGCACCAAAUGCAAAAUCACGGGUCAUACUUUGGAUAAUUGCUUUAAAAGGAAGGUGGAAAGAGGGAUAGAGCAACAGAAGAAGCCCAUGGAAGGGAAUGUGGUGGACGCUGCCAAAGAGAAAAGCAAGGGCGAUGAGGAAUUACAAUUCGGGAAGCCGAAAUCUGCUUGGCAACCCAGAACUGAUAAGGAAAUAGCGAAGCCUUCGGAGAACAGAUUCAAUGUGUUGAAUUCUCAGCAUGUUUCCGGGCCGGAUCUUUUGGAAGCGAUCACUAUUCCUGUCAGCGAGAAUGAAGUUCAGCAGAUAGAGCAGGAACAUAUUUCUUCGGAACAGACUUCAGAUGAAGAGGAGGUGGAAACUAUCGAGAUGGAGCAGAAUCCUAAUAGCUUAGGAGAAGAGCAGCAGGCUGCACAGCCGGAUAAAGCCAUAGAAAGGGAAUUGGAGUCCCCGGUUGAAAGAAUAGAAGCUGCUGAUACUUUGGAAAAAGGACAGACUGAUUUAGUCUUGAGUGAGACUAAGGCUCGGAAUCGAGAGGAACUGAACAUUAAGGUCAAUCGAAUUGCUAACUUGGUGCAAAAUAAGAAUGCAGAGGGCUUAAACAAGGAUAAGGAGACUUUGCAAACAGCAAAGAAGAGAGGCAGGCCUCUGGGAUCAGCUCGAGUUGAACGUAAGCCAGAUCAAUCCACUGAUAACAUAAAAUGUCGUCUCUGA